AUGGAUCUGCUAGAAUUGCCAAUUGCAAUUCAACAGGAAGAUGGAGAAUACAAGGAUUUGAUUCAGCAAAAUGGUGAAAAUUCAACCACUAAGAUCAAGUUCAUAUAUGAUAAAGGAUUUUUCUUCUGUGGCCACUGUGGACUACGAUUCAACACAAAGGAGGAAGUAAUGCAACACAUGCCAAUACAUACAGAUCAGGAUUUCAAGCGUAUAAAUUGUAAAUGUUGUGAAAAAGAGUUUUUCUCAAAGAAAGCUUACACACAACAUCUGAAGACUGCACAUUCUAAUAUACCAGCAUAUCAGUGCAAUGAGUGCAAAUUCAUUUUAUCCUGCUCAAAAGACUUGAGAGAUCAUAUGACGUUUAAUCAUCAUAGUGGCAACCUGUAUGUGUGCAAGACUUGUAAAGCUGAUUUCAAGUUGAAAUGUGCUAUGAUUCAGCAUCAAAAAAAUGUUCAUUUCAACUCAACUUAUGAAUGUGACAUCGAUGGAAAAAAAUUUGCAACUAAAGAAAGUUUAAUUCGUCAUACAAUCAUAUCACAUAAGAAAAAUCCGGAGGUAUUCAAAUGUGACGAAUGUUCGUUUACAGCAGUAAUACCUUACUACAUUACACGACAUAAGGUUAGAAUCCACACAACGACAAGUUAUGCAUGUCCCUAUACUGGUUGUAAAUUUAGUGCUUCAACCAAAUCUGACCUUAGAAGUCAUCGAAAGUUCAUCCAUGAAAAGAAGACCAUUGAAUGCAGCGAAUGCGGAAAACUAUUCAAUCGACAACAUGUUUUAAGAACACAUAUCAAAACUGUACAUCCAAGUCAGCUUUUCGAGUGCGAUCUCUGUGGAGUAAAAUUGAAAGCGAAAUUUUCAACGCGACUGCAUAUGAAUCGUGUACAUUUGAAGAUAAGACCAUUUUCAUGUCCCAUAUGUAAAUCAAAGUUUGGUAGUGUAGUUAGUUUGAAAAAUCACGUUACUAAAAGUCAUCAACAAAAUUCCAAGUAUGAAUGUUCUAAUUGCCAAUUAUUAUUUGGCUCAGAGAAAGACCUAAAUGAACACAGAUUAUUGCAUAGUAAAGGAAAAAUGUUCAAUUGCAAUCAAUGUGCAAAACAAUUUGAUACUUAUUUAAAAAUGUAUAACCAUCGUAGAUAUAGCCAUAGUACAGGAAAAAUGCUCAAUUGCAAUCAAUGUGCAAAACAAUUUGAUACUUAUUCAAAAAUGUAUUACCAUAGUAAAAAUAGCCAUAUUAAAGGAAAAAAGUAA